UGAUAUAUGUGAUUACCUAAUGUUAUGUCAUAUAUGAAACGUAUUUGCUUACAUAUACUAAAUGUAUUAAACACCAUAUGAGGUGAUAUAUACAAUUUAAUAAUUAUAUUCAUCAUUCAAAAACCAACUCAUUAAAUAUAAAUGGAUUUUCUCAUAUGUUGUAGUUAAGUUGGCUCUCUAGUCAAAAUGUUGGGACAUCUCAUAAGUUCAAAACGAGACAAUUCAUGAGUUGUAUUCAACGAGCCACCUAAUCGAGCUAGUUCACGAGCUUCACGAGCCGAACAAGGUAGAGCUUUUAUUUGUUAAUCAAACGAGUUUUUAUCAAGUUCAAUACCGAGCAAUAAACGAGCCGAGCUUUUUUCUAAUCGAACGAGCUUUUAUCAAGUUCAAUACCAAGCAAUAAACGAGCCAAAUUUUUUUUUAAUCAAACGAGCUUUUAUAAAGUUCAAUAUCGAGCCGCUCACAAAUAACUCGACCCAUUAAGAGCCCUAAUACACAUACGUGCUGCUUUCUUUCUCACAAAAUGCCAAUCUUCUCUCUUUGUCAUUACAGCUGUAUAUUCUUCGGUCUUCACCCUCCAUCUCCGCACCGUCAUCACCCGCAAAACACUGAAUCCAAGCCAACUGUUAUUCACAAUGCAAGUCUCUCCUUCGCUUUCUUCAAGCCAACUGUUAUAGGUUCCAAAAACAGUCUCCCUUCGCGUUUCCUUUACGCCUCGGCCUGGCCAAAACCCACUUCCAUUUCACCAAUAUUUUAUUUGUUUGUUGUUUUUUUUUUAAGUUGACGGUAAAGUGUAAGAGUUUAGAAAAUUGAACUCUUUUCUUUACUUCAUUGAACGUUGAGAAUUCAACCCUCCGUGCCAGGAAAUAUUAAUGUAGGCCUGAAUAUUCUGAAAAGAAAAUUAAUGUUUGAAUGGCAAAAUGACAGUAAUUGCAUGAUUAUGAAAGGGGAAAUGCUGCUAUGGUGUUCACACAGCCUCCUGUGAUUACAUUGGUUGGGCGUCAUUGAAUCCGACACUAAACAUUCAUAGCUCUAAAAUGGACACGGUAACAUUUCAUUUAUCAGAUUAUGAUCGCAUUCGUUUAACGGUCAGUGCCUACUUACGGCGGCUACGGCCUCUGUAAACACGCAGUCACAAAUUAUAUUCUCGGUAUAAAUUGCGAAAGGGUGCCGAAGAUGAUAAUUGGUAUCGGCUAGUUGAAAUGGUGAUUUGAUCAAUCUAUUAUUCAACUUAUUAUUAAAAAGACAAAAAGACAGGUUGUUUGAGCCGACGUGGCAUUGCUAAGCACAUGCAUUGAUGCACACAAAUCACAAACGCCGCCCGCCAGUCCACCAUCCUACUGCGGGCCCCGGCCCAGCUGCUGGCCCGUGUCUGUGUCGCCCAAACCUCACAGUCACAGAGACACAAAAGAAGCCCUCUCUCCGUUUCCGUUUGAUUCCAAAAAAAAAAACAAAAGAAAAAAAAAAAGCCAAAUUCACCGCAAAAACCCCACACUCUCAUCCAACGGCUGUCCUGCGGGCCCCUCAUUUCCUCUCAUCCCAAAAAUCAACGAUCCAGAUCGAUCUGACAUCCGUCCGUUGCAAAUGAUGUUCUCUCUCUCCUAUAAAUCACACUCUCCUCGGCUCUUCCCCUCCCACACUCACCACUCUUCCACAUCUCUCUCUAAUCUCUCGACGACUACUGCUCUCUAUAAUUCGCCAGAAAAAAAAAAAAAAAUGGAGGGCAAGAGUAUGACGCUUGUUCUCGCACUGGUCUGCGUGAUUGUCGCCGGCGUCGGCGGCCAAGCUCCGGCAGCCGCACCGACAACCACCACCACUCCAGCCACCCCCGCUGCUCCCGUAACAGCACCAUCCACCGCCCCCGCCGCUACCAAGCCUGCAUCGCCAGCUCCCGCUUCUUCUCCCCCCGCUGCCACUCCUUCCUCCGCACCUCCAACCGCAGCACCGGUCGCUACUCCGCCAGCAGCAGCGGCGACUCCGGUCAGCUCUCCUCCAGCUGCUGCCGUUUCACCAGUCAGUUCUCCUCCGCCUGCAGCAGCUACUGCUCCUCCUACGCCUGCUCCCGUCGCCGCCGCCGCUACGCCUACCGCCUCUCCUCCCGCUGCUGAUGUUCCGGCGCCGGCUCCCAGCAAGAAGUCGAAGAAGAAGAGCGGAUCUCCGGCUCCCUCUCCUUCAUUGUCGAGCCCUCCCGCUCCUUCUGUCGGGGCUCCCGGACCUAGCGCCGAAGCUAACGCCCCUGGUCCCGUCGUUGCCGAUGAGAGUGGUGCAGAGAGCUCGAGGAGUGUGCAGAAGAUGAUGAUGGGAGGAUUGGCCGCACUUGUUAUGGCGGCCGUUGCAUUUUAGAGAGGAUGGAGCUGUGUGAUUGUUGUUCGAUUCACAUAUUUGAUUCAUUUCCAUGGUUAAACACAUUCAUUUCGGACUCACUUUGUUGGCAAUUUGAUUCGUUACUAUUCUUUUUGGGCUUUGAUUCGAGGCGGGGAGGAGGGUAAACCGGUUGUAUUUAUUUAGAUUCGAAUUCCUUUCUUUGUAGGUCGCCGCAUUCCUUUUGUAAUUUGGACGCCUUUUGCUUCUAUCUACAUCACAUUAUUAUUAUUAAUUAAGGGUUAUUAUUAUUAAUUAAGGGGUUGUUUGGAGAAUAUGAGUUUAAAUCUAUAGAUUGUCAACAAUCUAAAGAUUCUAACUCUUCGGAUUGUUGAAAAUAGAUUUUAAAAUGUUUA